GUGUUUGAGAGUCAGCUCUGUGUAGUUUGGUCUAGUUUGGUCAAAAACAUUGUGUCACCGGAUACACACGUAAUGCAUUGUGUAAACGCUGGAGGAUCAGGAAACGCUAGUACCGUCCCACGUUAUUAUUAAUCUUGAUAUUGACAGCUCUUAGACCCGGAGUGUUAUAAACCCUUUGUUCGCCGAUCGUUUGAUAUGUUAUACUGAAGGUCGACAGCAGCGCACGGAGCUGAGAUAAAAUGAAAGGAGAUAAGAUACUAUUUGAAGCAUUAGAAAGAGAAAAGUCGAUUCACUUGAAAGCUGGAAUGGAAAAAGAAGACAGCUUUUAUGCGUUAGCCUUAGUCGUUGUAAUACUUCUUGGACUGUGGAUCAUCAAAAGGCUCUACAUUGAUGAAUUCGUCGAGAAUUUUUCCGAAAAGUACGUCCUCCUUACAGGUUGCGACUCAGGGUUCGGCAGAGAAACAGCACUGCGACUCGAUAGCUUAGGAUUCAACGUAUUCGCCACAUGUUUAACAAGCGAAGGACAAACCCAGUUGACUGCAAGGUGUAGUAACCGGCUCAAAGCCAUCCACUUAGACGUUACAAACUCCAAAGAGAUCAGAGAAGCAUUCAAGUUUGUGGUGCAAAAUCUACCUGAAAACGCAGGUCUUUGGGGUGUCAUUAACAACGCUGGUAUUGCCAAAGUUGGACCAAUCGAGUGGCAGACAAUUGAGGAGUACAAACAAGUAGCAGAUGUCAAUCUGUGGGGACUCAUUGAUGUCACUAAAGUGUUCUUACCGCUGAUCAAGAAGGAGCGCGGUCGGAUUAUAAAUAUUGCUAGCAUUGGAGGUAGAGCGUGUUUGCCUCAUGCAUCGGCUUACUCCAUCUCCAAGUUUGGAGUGGAGGCAUUCUCUGACGCUCUCCGCCGUGAAAUGGGUCCGACUGGCGUAAAGGUCAGCGUUGUAGAGCCAGGCUUCUUCCAGACAAAUGUCACAAAUCCCGACAUUCUCAGGGAGCAGUGGCAGGUGCUCUGGACCACUCUCAACCACAGUUUGAGACAGGAGUAUGGGGAGAACUUUUACCAGACUAGCGUGAAAAACAUGCUGACUGGAAUGGUAGACACAUGCGCCUCCCCCCACCUCUACAAAGUCGUGGAUUCCAUCGUUCACGCUCUGACGUCACGAUUUCCGAAAUCCAGGUACGUGGUUGGCUGGGACGCGAACUUACUUUGGAUCUGGGUGUCCAGGCUCCCGGCCGGUGUAGGAGAUGCCUUGUUGAAUUUACUGGGUGAAAAGGCUCAACCUGACGCAUGCGUAGUAGCGUCCUCGCAGCGAAGCCAAACGUCAAAGAGGCUUAAUGGGAACAACAAUGCAGUGAAUGGAUUUGCUGUAUAUAAACGAUAAUAUUUAUCAUUUGGUUUUGUUUUGUUUAUUCUGCGCCCAACCAAAGUGCUAUGAACUGCUAUAAUUCUUGAACUGAGGCGCUAUUUCGUAAUAAAACUUAAGAUAAAAGGUCGGAGGGGUCGAAACGUCGUGACUUUUUAUCGUUACUUUUUGUUACAAAAUCGAUUUCUAAGAAAUUCCUUAUUAAAGCGUUAUUCUCUGCUAAAAGUAAGAAGUUUCUUUAACAACUGAAAGGGUUAUGUUAAUAGCUAGUGGUAUAAUUUGUCAUGGCGGCUUCUUCUCGGCUGUCGAAGUAUGUCAUUGGGUGCAGUAUAGCAACCCCCAUUAUUUAGUUUAUUGCUUACCACGAGACAACUCUUGAUUUUAAAAGAGUGAUGUUAUUAGUCGCGCUAUUCUUUUUAGUUUUUGCUGGCAAACGAGUAUCGAUCCAGCGAGCAGGCCUCCGAGUGGAAUGAAUAUACCAUAAUGAUAUUAUUGCCAGUUUAUAGCAAGUUAUAAAUUAUUCGUCUCCUGCGACCAUAUAUAUAUAUUUGUAAAUUUUACAUUUUAAGCCUACGAUAAAUGGGGAAGAGGGUACACUAUUUAUAUUUGAUUGACUAGGAGAAUGGAAACAGUGUACUGUUUUUCAAAGUGGGAAAAAAGUCGGACUUUAAAACUCUGAAAUCACAGUGCACCGCGAAAAUACCAGGGUACGACUUAUCAAGUUCAAGCAACAAACGAAAAAAUCUUCGUAGAUGAGAAGGAUUCCUUCUGUCCAAUCAGAAAUCAACAUACAGUUUUCUGAAUGUUGUCACGUUAUUAUUCAUGUUCAAUUUUCUAAAAAGAGCCCGACCGACUUUGAAUUUUUUCGUUAGGACUGGAGUCACUCAAAUAGAACUGAUCAUGAACGUACCGCCAUUUUGAGUGUCUUCUUGUAAAAUAAAGCAAAGAAUCGUUAUCUUUUAUUAGCUAUUUAUAGGCGAAUUUUAUCGUAUUCUAUAGUUAUAGGUACAAAUUGUUGCUGUAAGUUUGUCAGUAUUAUCUUUUGAAAAAGACUUUUACAAGUAUAUAAUCAGAUGUUGUUAUUAUAAUAUAUAAGAAAGGAGGAGCUUGUUUCUAUAUUGCUAAAUAGUUUGUUCUUCUUUGGAAGAAAAUCAUUGUAAUCCAAAAUUGGAUAUAUUCUUAAGUUUGCGUUUUUAUUAAAGUACAAAUAAUAUAAAAGCCAUAAAAAUUUCAUUCAAUUGUCAGUUUCGUCGUAUCCACUUUGAAUAUCGUCAGGCAGUGUAUUUUCCCGUACUUCUCGUCAAGUGAUGUCUUCUCUUGACUAUCUUUUACAGACAGGGCACUUCAGAGCGUGAAUAAUGCGCAGCUUUCUGCGCAUCCCUAGCCCUACUUGCGGGCUCAGGUAAUGCAGGCUGCAAUGGGCCUGCAAUGGUGAAAAGAACGGUGGGCUGUUAUAAGGUACG